AUGAUUCAACUUGAGGACAUCAAGGGACACAUAGACAAAAGCCUCGUGGAAAAGAUAAAUCAUGCAUUGGAGCUUCCGUUGCACCAUAGGAUGUGUAGGUUAGAAGCUCGGUGGUACAUCGAUGUCUAUAGUAAGAAUAAAGAAGCAAAUCAAUCGUUGCUCGAACUUGCUGUUUUAAAUUUCAACAUGGUACAAUCUACUUUACAAAGUGAUCUUAAAACAGUGGCGAGAUGGGAUGCCAAUGCAGUGAAAAGUUUUCCAUACUACAUGAAGUUAUGCUUCCUGGCUCUCUACAACACUGUCAAUGAAAUGGCUUACGACACUCUGAAAGAUAAAGGCAUAAACGUCAUACCAAUCCUAUCUAAAGCAGAUGAGUUACAGAGAGGUGAAACAGCAAAUUCAAUCCUGUGUUGUAUGCAUCAAAAUGGACUUUCGGAAAAACUUGCCCGCGAACACAUCAGCAAUUUAAUCAAUGAAGCAUGGAAGAAACUGAACAAAGGUCGAGUAGAUGAUUCUCCUUUCUCAAAACAUUAUCUUGAAACAGCAAUGAACCUUGCUCGGAUUUCCCAAUUCACGUACCAAUAUGGAGAUGGGCAUGGAGCUCCUGAUAGAAGAUCAUAA